CGUAUAAAUUGGUUCUCUCAACUAUGAAGUAAUUCAGAGGUCGCUCCUUGAAGUCUCUUCCAAAGCGGAAAUGAAGCUUAGCUCAGUUGCAAUCUCCUUUGUUUUUAUUACUCUCUUGAUAUAUGCAUGGAGGUUAUUGAAUUGGGUGUGGUUGAGACCAAAGAAGCUAGAGAGAUGCCUCAGGCAGCAAGGUCUGACUGGGAAUUCCUACAGCUGCUUGUAUGGGGACUUUAAAGAGAUGUCGAGAAUGAUUAACGAAGCAAAUUCCAGACCCAUCAGCUUCUCUGAUGAUAUUGUGCAGCGAGUUCUACCAUUUCACGAUCAUUCCAUCCAGAAAUAUGGUAAAAAUAGUUUUACAUGGUUGGGCCCAAAACCAGUGGUAAACAUUAUGGAGCCUGAGCUGAUAAGGGAUGUUUUCUUAAAGCACAAUGCCUUCCAAAAAGUACCGCCACACCCUCUCGGCAAGCUGCUGGCCACUGGUGUUGUUGCAUUGGAAGGUGAACAAUGGACUAAACGUAGAAAGAUCAUAAACCCAGCUUUCCAUCUAGAGAAGUUGAAGCACAUGGUAUCGGCAUUCCAAUUGAGUUGUAGUGAUAUGGUCAAUAAAUGGGAGAAGAAGCUCUCCCUGGACGGCUCAUGUGAAUUGGACGUUUGGCCCUAUCUUGAAAAUUUGGCGGGAGAUGUGAUUUCUAGAACUGCAUUUGGUAGUAGCUAUGAGGAAGGAAGAAGGAUAUUCCAACUUCAGAGAGAGCAAGCACAUCUUGCAAUCCAGGUUACUCGGUCAAUCUAUGUUCCCGGAUGGAGGUUUUUCCCAACAAAGACAAACAGGAGAAUGAGGCAAAUUAGCAAUGAAGUCAAUGCAUUGUUGAAGGGUAUCAUUGAGAAAAGAGAGAAGGCAAUGAAAGUUGGCGAAACUGCUAAUCAUGAUUUAUUAGGUCUACUAAUGGAAUCCAACUACAGAGAUAUGCAAGAAAAUGAUGAGAGGAAGAAUGUUGGAAUGAGCAUCAAAGAUGUCAUUGAGGAGUGUAAGCUAUUCUACCUUGCUGGCCAAGAGACUACCUCGGUUUUACUUCUGUGGACGAUGGUUCUAUUAAGCAAGCAUUCAAACUGGCAAACUCGCGCAAGGGAAGAGGUUUUACGGGUUUUUGGUAAUAAAAAACCAGAUGGUGAUGGCUUAAAUCACCUCAAAAUUGUUACUAUGAUUUUUCAUGAGGUCCUUAGGUUAUAUCCACCAGUGUCCAUGCUUCUUCGAACUGUUUUUGCCGACAGCCAAGUGGGAGGAUUGUAUUUACCAGAUGGAGUGCAGAUUGCUUUGCCAAUCCUCCUACUUCACCACGAUCAUGAAAUUUGGGGAGAGGAUGCAAAGGAAUUCAACCCGGGGAGAUUUUCAGAAGGAGUUUCUAAGGCAGCAAAGACCCAAGUUUCAUUUUUUCCAUUUGGUUAUGGUCCUCGGAUAUGCGUUGGACAAAAUUUUGCAAUGAUGGAAGCAAAAAUGGCUUUGGCAAUGAUCUUACAACGUUUCUCAUUUGAACUUUCCCCAUCCUAUGCUCAUGCACCUAUUAGUCUUAUAACUAUGCAACCCCAGUAUGGUGCACACCUGAUUUUACAUGGACUUUAGCAUCAGAGUUCUUGUUAUCAGUGAGAGUUAGCAAGACCUUUAAACCUAGAUAGUGUUGAAUUUAAAAUGCCCACACUUCCUUUCACUUGAAAUGAGUGCUCUUUAAAGCCAUUAUAUUAAUAAAAUUCUCUUUUGUAUGUUUGUAAGAGAUCAUAUAUAAAAAUGAUCACUUUACAA